AUGGCACCAUGGCCUGGAAAAGCACUCGUCAUCGCCGCACCCCACGGUUGCCAAUUCGUCCAGAAAGGUUGCGCAUUCCCAGCUUACCUCCCACAAUUUCACUAUCCUUUUACAAGGUCACGCCACAGGCAAGUCAUCAUCAAGCUUGCCUCGGAAGGCUCCCCAGUGAACAUGUUGCAGAGAGAAGGUGCCUUUGCUGCUACGGUUUAUGGCAGAUAUUUGACGACAUGUCUUGAGAUCUUCGAUGAUCCAAAUAUAAUCGCCAUGACUCGACAUGUAACGGCAAAUGUUCUUUCAUUGAGACCCACGCAGACCCCUUGGUUCUUCCCUAAUGAUCCCUUUGGAAAAUAUAGCACUGGAAUCCAGGACAAUCAUCCAGUCUUUCAAAUACUGCGAUAUGGGCUUGCUAUACGUGUUCCAGGUUUCGAGGAUCUGGACUCUUUGUCUUCAUUUCUUCUUGCCGCGUACGGGAGCAUUCAAUGGUCUCCAGCUCAAGCGAUGCCCAAUUUAAGCCCUGGUCGGCUUAAUUCAACUUCGCCCAAUUUUGGUUUCUCUAAUAUUACAGCUAAAUUGGCUCGUUUCUCUCUUGUCGCAGCAUUCUUAAUUGCACAUGUCUGUUGGGCAACGUUUUCGCUUAUCGCCAUCUUGCGGACGAUAGUGGGGGUUGUAUACACCGUACGGUUUCUGACAUUACCUUCCACUUCCAAGGCUGCUCCCGAUGCUGUUGGAAACCAUCCUUACGGUGACGACCAUAUACAAAGCUGCUACAUUUGGGACAACGAAUCGAACGUGAAUGUUGCCAAUCGUGUCAAAAGAGACGCUAUUAACUUAAGAAAAACUUUUGACAGGGUUGCAGUCCUGGCGCGCGAUUCCAUCGUUUACUUCAUCGGCGCCUUUUGCAUCCUUCUUGUCGAUUUAAUUUACUGGGAAUAUGGAAAGGCUUGGACCCCUCCUGCUUUAAUCACACCGGGAGCUGUGUUCGCGUGCGUUGGGCUUUGGCUAGGAGAUUCAUUGGGCACGAUGCGCGGCAUAUCUCGACCGAUGGCCUUCGCACGAUUUGCAGGCAAUCAGAUGACUGUCGUGCGCACCGGGGAGGAAACGAUGUCAGGGGAGGUCAUCCCUGAUGAGACGCAGCCCAACGCCGACCCUUGA